AUGCCGGCGCGGCCACGGAGCGACACAGGUGUGUGUGACCUUGUGGCAGCCCUCCCCUCCCAGAUCCAGCCCCAUGUGACCCGGCAGGACUGCACCUUCCUACAGAGCAUGCUCACAGAAGGGGGUCUGCUGUCUCUGUUCAAGAUUCAUGAGAGGCUGAAUCAGUUCCAGCACCAGAGUCCUUCCCCAGUCCUGGUCUUUGCUGGAGCUCUGGCCUAUGAGCUGUCCCGGGACCUCCAGAGCCAAGCUGACAGAGAGGAGGUCAAAGAGCUGUCCGAACUUCUCGCCAACCCCCACAUCAAGCGUCUGCUCUCUGUCCACGACGCUGUGGCACAGAAACGCUUUGGACCCGUCCUGCCUCCUCUUCCCAAAGACCUGGAUGAAGAGCGAGACUCUGUGAAGAUCAUCCAACUGGUCAAGGACAUGGAGCCACUCGGCGCUACGGUCCGCCGGGACCAGGGGACCGGGGCCCUCGUGGUGGCGCGGAUCAUGAGAGGAGGGGCCGCAGACCGCAGCGGUCUGAUCCACGAGGGAGAUGAGCUGCUGGAGGUGAAUGGGGUGCUGAUGGAGGAUAAGGAGCUAGAAGACAUUGCUCCCCUUGUGGUGCAGUCCCGGGGGGCCAUAACGAUUAAAGUGGUCCCAGGCAUGAAAGAGGACACGGCGGCCCUGGAGAAGGAGCUGAGUGUCCGGGCCCUGUUUGACUACGAGCCCCAGGAGGACCCAGCCAUCCCGUGUAAAGGGGCGGGGCUCGCCUUCAGGAAGGGGGACGUCCUCCGGGUGGUGAACUGGGAGGAGCCAGUCUGGUGGCAGGCCAGGCUCCACAGCAGUGCUAACCUCAGGGCAGGCCUGGUCCCCUCCAAACUGCUCCAGCAGGGUUAUUCCUGCUUCGUGUGCUCAGAGCAGGUCAAAGGUGACUCCCACAGGAACACCUGCUCCUACCUCAGCCAGGUGCCCCCUGCAAGUGCCCUGCUCGCCUCAGAGGAAGGAGGAGAAGCAGAUUAUGGAGCGAUAAGUGGCAUCCACAUUGCUGGCCAAAGGAGGAGCUUCCGCCUCAGCAAGUGGAACUGGAGGGUGGGGCUUUGCGAAUGUGGGAGGAGCAAGGCCUAUGACCUGGGUGAACCGCCCACCUAUGAGGAGGUAGUUCCCUACCAGAGACAGCCCAAUGCCCCACACAGACUGGUGCUCCUGGUCGGACCCAGGGGAGUUGGUGUCAGUGAAAUGAAAAGGAGGCUGCUAAUCUCUGACCCCGAGCACUUCGGUGUAACCGUUCCAUACACCACCAGAGCCAGGAGGAGCCAGGAGACGGAUGGGUUGGAGUAUAAGUUUGUUUCCAAAAUGCAGUUUGAGGCCUUCAUCAUUGACGACAAGUUCAUUGAGCAUGGAGAGUACAGGGGGAAUUACUAUGGGACCAGCCUGGAUUCGGUCCGCUCCAUCCUGCAGGAGAACAAGAUGUGCCUGCUGGAUGUCUCCCCUCAUAGGAUACAGCGUUUACGGACGGGCAAGUUCAAGCCGUACGUGGUAUUUGUGAAGCCCCCUCCGAUCGAGCAACUGCGACUAAGUCGGAGGAACGCGAAGGUCCCCUACAGACUGGAUGGAAAGGGCUUGGCUGAGCCAUUCACGGAGGAAGACUUCCAGGAGAUGACUGACUCUGCCCAAGCCAUGGAGAAGAAGUAUGGCCACCUGUUUGAGAAGAUCAUUAUAAAUGAGGACCUGGCCACUGCCUUCAGAGAGCUCAGCUUGGCUCUGAAAAGGCUGGAGACAGAGACUCAGUGGAUCCCCAAGUCCUGGGGGUGCCCCUAA